GUGAGGUGCUUGAAUCUUUAGGCUUUUUUGUCUGCUCUACCAGUAAAGAUGCAUAUGCUUUUGGCAGGUUAUUUAAGUGUCCUUUUGCUUCAUCCUGCUUCAGCUGGAGGCGUGUAUUGUGCCAAAACUGCACGAGCCAGAGCUGCUGCCAUGGGGCUGGGACACCCUGGGGCCUCUGACCCGCUUGGACUUGCUCGUCUUGGGAAGUUUCCCAGCAAUCCCGAACCUAGAGGACCCGUAUACUAUGAAAGUAAUGAUGGCCCAAGAGAAGCCGAGACAAACUUUCCCAAGGUCGUUCAAGGCCAGUUCCACCAAAGAGCAAGCUACCCAGACUACCCAAUUCCUUGGCUCAACGGGCAAACCACUCCCAGAGGUUUUCUUCCCAAACAUGUCGCAUUGAACCAACCUGACCAUGAUUCCAGACAUUUGGGAACACAUCCCAGAAGACAAGUUGUCAACCACUUUGAACCAGAAAAUUAUUUUGCCCCCUUAACUCAUGUAGCGGAGUCUCCGUUCCAAUUUGACCAUCACAACAGGCAUACUCGUAUUCAGUACGAGCCUAGAUCAUUCGGAUAUUUUGCCCGUGGUUUCGUUAAGCCUGUCCCACGUGAUGAUGCAGUUUGGGGAGGGUUCCUACAGCCCCAGAGCAGGAGUUAGGAACAGUAAAGAAAUUGUUGGUAUGGUCCAGUUGCCCCUUCUGGA